AUGCAGCUCCCCUACAUCGCCGCCCUCUGCCUGACCUGCGCCUCGAUGGCGUCGGCCUUCUGCGUCACGCCAGAGAUGGUCGAGACCAUCGCACCAAAGUCCAAGGAGUGCCCUCAGAACAUGCUGCCCGAGUGCCGAACCGCGGCAGAGGCCGCGCCCUACAUCACCAGAGCCUUCCACCGGUACGGCAUCUACAGCCCCAACGCCAUGGCCAGCGUCAUGUCCCUCAUGGCCCUCGAGUCGGGCGAGUUCCAGUACAAGCGCAACGCCUUCCCCGGUCGUCCUGGUCAGGGCACCGCCAACAUGCAGAUGGCCGAGUUCAACCUCAAGUACGCAAAGUCCAUCGAGAAGCUCGAGCCACACGUCGCCAACGUCACCACCGUGGACGGGCAGCCUGAUGCCGAGCUCAAUCGCAUCCUCGAUCUUGUCGUAGCCGACGACUACAACUUUGGCAGUGGCGCCUGGUUCCUCCGUUCACAGUGUGGUGAGGGGGUGCUGUCCGCGCUGAAUCAGGACGUUGACACUGGAUUCGCGGCGCACAUGGAUUGCGUUGGCGUCGAGGCGGGCAAUGAGGAGCGCCAGGCGUACCUCACCCUCGCCAAGCAGGCGUUUGAUCUGUGA